GAGGCUAGCCCGCACUCUGACUGCACAAAAAAUGGCCCUUGCCCUGGCCUCUCCAAUGGCGUCCCUCUCCCACCACUCCGGGAGGAUCUCGGCGGCGGUUAUCGGCGGCGGUCUCCGACCUCGCAAGGCUGCCCCUAUGGGUGCCUCCGCCUCCCCAUUUCUCCGGAGCUCAUUCGUCUCGUCCACCUCCACCUCCUCCGCAUCCACCUCGUCGCUCUCGGCUGUGGUCUCGGCAUCGCUAGCCUUCAGGUCCGCCUCAUCGUUCGCCGGUUCAUCUUUGGGGAUUGAGUUCAGCUACAACAGAUUAACAACACGAAGACCUCGUGGCCUGCAGAUUAGAGCUGGAAAGGCUGCCCUCUGCCUGACCAAGAGGUCAAGAUCUAGGAAGUCACUUGCCCGUGUGCAUGGUUUCCGAAGGCGUAUGCGGACUACCGCUGGAAGAAAGGUCCUGAAGCGUAGACGUGACAGAGGAAGGAAGAUUCUCUGCACAAAAACAAACUCACCCACUGGGACAAAGUUUUGAGUGCUCUGCACUUUGAGGCGCUCUGUAGGCAAGCUGUAAGUUUUACUCCUUUUUUGCAUCCCAUGUUCUCAGCCAUGCAUGUUCAUCUGUAACAGCAGUUGCUGAACAUCCUUUCCCUGUUGUUUCCGUUGAUACCUUGAUAUCUGAAAUACAUUUCACAUGUGCAGUUUA